AUGGCGUCCGAACCGACCGUUGAGGAAAUCACACAAAAUGUGCAGCCGCCUAUGGUCCCCCCUCACCGUUCCCACGACCCCUCCAACAAUCUGAAGCGGACCGAUCCCUUCCAAUUCGGAUCACGAUACCUGGAACAAGGCGACGACGUCUACGAAUUCAAUGCUUGGGACCACGUCGAGCCGGAUGACGAGUUCAAGGCCUUUGCCGAGGGCCAAUACGAAAAACAACGCGCAGCACCUGUGUCAGAAUUUGACCAGCGACGCUUUAAUUCCGACCCGGCGAAAUGGUGGAAUCUCUUCUACAAGAACAAUACGGAUAACUUCUUCAAGGAUCGGAAAUGGUUGCAACAGGAGUUUCCGGUUCUCGAGCAGGUUACUCGCAAGGAUGCUGGAAAGCAGGUUGUCUUGGAGGUCGGCGCGGGCGCUGGCAACACAGCCUUCCCUUUGAUUCGGAAUAACGAGAACGAGGAGCUGAUGCUGCAUGCUUGCGAUUUCUCCAAGUAUGCGGUCAAGGUCAUGCGGGAGAGCGACCAAUACAAUCCAAAGUAUAUGGUCGCUGAUGUUUGGGAUGUAUCUGCCGCACCGAGCGAGGAGGGCGAUUCGCUACCUCCAGGGUUAACCGAUGGCUCCGUCGACGUUGUGGUCCUCAUUUUCAUUUUCUCUGCGCUUGCGCCUGAGGAGUGGGAUCGUGCUAUGCGCAACAUCUAUCGUCUUCUAAAGCCUGGAGGCUGCGUUCUGUUCCGCGACUAUGGCCGUGGUGACCUGGCCCAGGUCCGCAUGAAGAAGAACCGUUACCUGCAAGAGAACUUCUACGUCCGCGGCGAUGGUACCCGCGUCUACUUCUUCGACCCGGACCAGUUGGUCCAGAUGUGGAGUCGAUGGACACCGGAGAAGGGAAUUCAAGUGGAUCUGGAGAAUGGCUCUGAGACCAAAGCUGAUGCUGAGGCCAAGAGCACGGGCGCUUUUGAGGUUGUGCAUCUCGGCGCUGAUCGUCGACUCAUUGUCAACCGUGCUUCCAAAGUCAAGAUGUACCGCUGCUGGUUGCAAGGCAAUUUCCGGAAGCUGGAAUCCCCUGCUUCCACACAGACGGAGGAUGACGCAUAA